UAAUGCUCCUCGUGAGUCAACAUGGCGGUAAAUGUGGGACACAGACAUUAUUUCAACAAAAGCUGUGUUUUUUUAGUGGUUUAUUGAGGAUUACAGGUGAAAUUUUGGAAGCAAUACAACAGGCCUGAAACUCCUAGAACAUAAUUAGACAUGGCAUCUCAAGUUUGAAGACACAGGGAGAGGUCCUGAAACCGGUUUGGCCAUAAGUGCAUUCGGUGCAGAACAAUCAAGGAGGCAGCAGCCAUUCCUAUUCCACUAGCUCAUCUUUGUCAUCUAAGGGUGUCCACGGCUGCAUUGCCUGUCAGGGGAAGCUGUUCAUCCAGGGACAUUGGGUGCACCAUUCGCUGCAGGGACGAUUAAGAAAUUAAGUGAGUCAUCCCUAUAGCUCCCAGCCCCUGCCACAAUGAGUGCAGCAAAGAUGGUGGCGGAUUCCACGCAGAACGACCAUCUUGAGGAGAGGUCGGGGAGAAAGCGUCGCAAAGUCGUGCCGAAGAAGAAGGUGAAGAAGAGGAAGGAGACCGGAAAGAAGCGACGGAGGUCAACGUCUGAUGAGGAGUACGACAGCAGCGACCUUGACCUUGACCGGGAGAUUCUACCACUGGGUCACUACGUGAAGGACCGGGAUGCCUUGCUGGGUCAGAUGUUUCAUUGCGUGCAUGGAGCGAGCCUAAAGAGAAACCUACCCGACGUGCUCAAGGAGCUGCCAUUGGAUGACCUGAAGAAGCGAUGCUUGGAGCAGCUGGAGGUCAUGUCAAAGAAAAGGAUUCACAGGAUUAUUGCAGGAGACGACCCUGCUGGCAUAUCAUCGUCAGGCACAGAAGAUGAGACUUCGGAGGAGGAACUGGACCAAGAUCUUGAGGAUGGGGAUUUCAAUGAGGCUGGUCCUGUAGCUGAUGACAGUACCCUGCAGGACACUGGGGUUGGGGCAGUAUCUUCAGCGGUAGGCAGUGAGGCUGGAUCCUCGGGGAUGGGGACAGACUCAGAGGGGGAGGAGGAGCAGCAAGCUGACUCUACAUCCCUGUACGACCACAAGCUGGAAGACACAGACAGAGAGUGGGAGGAGGAUAGUGCGGCGAGCCAGUCUGACCAGCAUUGUGUGGACUCUGACAACAAUGAUCGGGAGGAGGAUGAUAUGGAACGAGACUAUGAUGAUGGAGCUAGCUCUCAGGAAGUGGAUCCAGACAAUGAUGAUGAAUAUUCCAGAGACUCCAAGACUUCAGUAGAUAUUUUUGAGACAGAAAGUAAACAUGCAGAACAUGCAAAACCAAAACGAAAGAAGGAAAAAAGGAUAAGAGUGAGAACUGUUGAGGAAAUGGAGGAAGGGGAAUUGGGUGAUAGUGAAUAUGACACUGACUCCGAAAGUGGAAGUGAUCUUGAAAAAGAAAAAGUUGACUCCGGAACAAAAGUAUGCAUAAAAGAUGCUGAAAAAGAAAAGAAUGUGACUGAGUUGAAAGAAAGAAUUAUUGAUCCUGAAGGAGCUAAAAGUGGGGUAGAGUUAAAAGAACUCUCUAAUGAUGUUGAAGGGGUAAAGAUCGAGUCAGAACAGAUAAUUAGCAGUAGUAGCGCAGAUGAGAUAAAAGCUGGGACCAAGCUGAAAGAAAGGACUGAGGAUGCAGAAAAAGCUGAGUGUGAAACUGAGGUAAAAGAUAGAACAAAUGCUCUUGUUAAAACUGGAGCUGGGACUAUAAUUGAAGACAUUGCAGGUAACAAAUCUGACAAUAAUGUUCAAGAGAAAUCAAAUUUACCUGGGACUCAAGCAGCACAAGGUAAUAAUGUUGAUGAAAGAUGGAAUGGUGUUGAAAGUGUUGUUACAGCUUUGGUUCAGAGUAAAUGUAAGGAUAAAGAGCCCAACCUAUCAACUGAAAAAGAUCUAGCAAAGGAGAAAUCAGAAAGUAUUCACUCCCAAGAAACUAAGAAAAUUGAUCUCGUUGAAGUUAUAAUCAAAAACAGUAAAGAUACUAAAGACAGGGAUGAUAAGGAAGUUGUAGAGGGAAAAAUCCAACAAUGUGUUAAAAUAUGUGUGAAUGAGUCUGAAAAUAAUGAAUUAGAAGCAGUAAACUUGACUGCAAAAAGCAUUACAGAUAGAAAAGAAAGUAUUGAUACUCUGGCACAGGAAGUGUCUGAUACCAGCAGCAACCAUGAUGAAGGAAAAUUAGACAAAGCAGGAAACACAUUGAAUAAAGAAGAUGCUUCGGAAAGGAAGCAUGGGAAAAAUACAGAUGCUGGUAAGAAAGAAAGUCUAGAGAUUAUAACUGUGAGAGUAGGAGACAAAAGAGAAGUUCAAUUAGGUCAGACACAUGAUGGUAAAGGGAAAAGGAAAGUUACAGUUGUAGAUGAAUCCAAAGGUGAAAAUAUAAAAAGAAAACGAAAAGUUGAAGUGGUUAAGGAAACUGAACAACCUGAAACUUUAGUUGAGAAGAAAGUUUUGAAAGUUAAGAAAAGCAUUUCUAAAGACAUACCAGACAAUAUUGAAAUAGAGACAAAAGUUGAAAUCAAGAAGUGCAUGGCAGGAACUUCUGCCCAGGGCACAGCUAGUGCAAAAUCAUCAGAUGAAGGUUCUGAUUCGCACAGUCAUGAUUCCACCGAUAGUAACAGCAGUGGACCGGAUGCUGCUGACACCUCCAUAUCUGACCAGAUUGUGAAAGAGGUGAAACAAGCCCAGAAGGUGCAGAAGACACAACGGAGGAUAGUGAAACCUCCAAGUCAGGCUGUAGCUCCAGCACUGACCAAAAACCAAAUGGAACUGUUGGAAUUGGAAAUGAGAGCUAGGGCAAUCAAGGCCAUGCUUAAAAAGUCUGCUAAGUAAAAUACUGUACUGUUGGCAGUCUGACUAGCUAAUACAUCUAUUGUGUGUAGAACACAGUAACAAAUAUUCCACAAAACUUCUUUUUCAUCUGAUAUGAUGUACAUUUUUUGACAAGCCAUUUUUGCAGUCUGCAAAUAAAACUUCUAAAAUUA